AUGCCGGGCUUUAAAACUCUAGUCUUGAAUCAACAUGUGAAGUUGAGCAAAUUGAAGACAAAGCAACCAAACAAAGAAGAGAAUACAAGUUCCGUGAAGAGAAUUCGGAUCAUAUACAAUGAUCCCGAUGCCACCGAUUCUUCAAGUGAUGAUGAGGAAUACGAUGGUAAGGAGGACCGACUUCUGCAUGACAAGCGCUUUGUUUCCGAGAUUUUGGUUGUAGAUACAAAAUAUGAACCAUCUGCAGAUGUUUUAUCCCAUUGCAAGACCAACGGAGGGAAAAUUGGUCUUAGUAUGAACUUUUAUGACUGUAAGAAAACUAAAAGAUCUUCUUCCAUGUAUAAGGGAGUUCGUCGCAGAAAAUGGGGAAAAUAUGCGGCUGAGAUUCGAGAUCCAAUUCAACGGUGUCGAACAUGGCUUGGAACUUUUGCUACUGCAGAGGAGGCUGCCGCUGCGUAUCAGAAAAAGAAGCUCGAAUUUGAUAGCAUACAAUCACUGGGAAAGACUCAGAGGGACUAUCAAAACUUGCAGUUAUCAGAUAAGGAUAAGGGUGCUUUUGAGAGUUUUCAAUUAACCGAGAGGACCAAGCAUGAGUUUCAAGGCAUUCCUUUAUCAGAGGAGAGUCAGGAUUCAUUGGGUGAUGCUGAUAUUGAAACUUUCUCGGCAGAAGAAACCAAACGUGUGUUUUGUCAUCCGUCACCAUCAUCCGUGCUUGAAAUAUCUGGUACAGCUUCACUCGGUAUUGGACUCAAACAGGUGAAAGAAGAAUCUAGCGUGGAAGUUUUUGGGGGAGAAGGCAGCGUGCAACCAUUUUUUGAAGAAGAUCUAUCCAUUUUAAAGUUUCCUAAAGAGCCAAUGUUGCCAUUAGAUAUCGAACAGUUGGAUUUGGGAUGUGGUGAAAGUUACGUGUUUUCCAGUUUGGAUCAGUUCUUUGAUGGUAUGAGUGAUAUAGCCGAUACUGGUUUGAGUGACGUAGUUGAUUAUCCUGCGUUCAAUGAUGGAAAUGGUAAGGCUAUCUGUCUUCCCACUCUCGACUCUGAUUUUGGUCAGCAGGAUUUUGCUUGGAUUGAUCAAAACCUGAACAUGGCAUGCCCAUGA